UUGUUGUCUGUUUGGACUCUGGACAGAUCUAGCGCCUGCGCACUUGGAAGUUUGUCUGCGUGUCAUGUUGAAUGCUAAAACAGGAUAGUCAACAUGUCCACCGCGACGGCUCAACAAAACAAUAACGAAGAGCCCGGGCUUCAGGGGUCCUGGGUGGAGCUGGAGCUAAAUGGGAAUACAGGGGCCCAGGGGAGGCAGACCAACCUGCUAACACCACCUGCUGCAGACCAAAUAAACGCAAAUGCUGGUAUGAGUCAAACUCUGCAGACCUUGGAAGUGGUGCCUGAAAGUGAUGAGACCCUAAUUGGAGGACUAGAGCAUGUGCCAUCGUCCUCCUCUAUCCACAAUGGGGACAUGGAAAAGAUCCUCCUGGAUGCACAACACGAAUCCAGCCCAAGUAACUCCUCCUGCGAUAGCCCUCACAGGCCACCAAGUCCAGAGCAGGAUGAGGGUCAGAUUACAUUUGAUGUGGAAAUGUCCAGCCCAAGAGGUAGUCAGUCAGAGGAAGAUUGUGCAGAGAAGGACAGAGAGGAAGACAUUUUGAUGAACAAAGAAGUAGACUGGGUUGCUGACUGGUCGAGCAGACCUGAAAACAUUCCACCAAAAGAGUUCCACUUUAGGCACCCCCGACGUUCUGUUUCUCUAAGUAUGAGAAAGAGUGGAGUCAUGAAGAAAGGCGGCAUCUUCUCUGCCGAGUUUCUCAAAGUCUUUAUCCCUUCCUUACUCAUCUCACACAUCCUGGCUCUUGGGCUUGGAGUGUACAUUGGGAAGAGAAUUGCAACAGCCGCCACCAGCUCCUACUGAGUAGAAAAUGAAGCAGUGCCUAGAUGUUCUCCCUUCUCCAAGUCACUCAGCCAUCCUCGUGUGGUCAAGCUCUCUCUCUGCAUCUGUUGUACACCCGCACUUCCCUUCCGAUCACCAUUAAAAAUUAUAUUGCAUCGUAGAUGUAGUCGUACACAUGAUGUAACCGUGGUUGCGCUCCAUCAGAUUUUGACCGAGGACAACACUGUACACACAGUUGUCACAAAUUUGAAUGCAGUAGGUAACAAAGUCUGUUCCGCCUGAAAAGUAUUCGUCGUCUGUUCGACUAAAAAAUACGAGACAAGAGGAUUUCAGAUUAAGUUGCUUCAGGGUUUUAGUUUCUUUACUUGCCUUGUUGUUAAGUUACAAGAAAUUGGACUGCGUCUGUCCUCUGUUGCCUUCGUAAUUAAUAUCUGCAAGAAACUAAUUAAUCGGCUCUGGGAACAAAAGGGACUUGAAUCGCCUUAACUUAUUGAGCUUAACAUUAGAGGUGCAGUGAAAGCGUGGUUGUAGUAGGGGGACGGGGUACUGCACUGUGGGAUCAGUUUUUAAAUUCCACACAUUUUUAAUAAUAGAAGUUAUAUCUUUUUGACCGCAGAGGGUUUAAAAGCUUUUUUGUUCUGAAGGUUGGAAAGCGUAAACAUUUAUCUUGUAUGUAGCUCCAGAAUUUUACAGAAAUAGUUGGAAUAUGCUAUAAUAGUGGCAACCUAAAGGCUGGAACGCAGUAUACCAGGCCAUAUGCUAUUUUUAUUUGUUUUGUUGCCUACAUAUCUUCUUCUUUAACACAUAAUAUAGCAUCAGUGGCAAAGUGCCAAAUUUGUAUGCUUCACCACUGCACAUCGGUGAUUUAUCUUGAGACUUUUUUUUUUUUUUUUACAUUUUCUUAUAUGUUUAGGUAUUUAAAGAUGUAGAUGUGAAAAAUUAAUUUAAGCUGUGAUCUGCCCCUUGUAAUAGAUACUUUCCGACAUUGUAUAAUCUGUUUAUACAGUGAUACUAAUGCGUAUUAUAUCUCAUGCAUCGUGGCAGUGUAAGUAAUGUGUUUUUGCUGUCGUUUAAUUGAAGCUUCAGUGGCAGAAAGGAUCGCCACGGAGGAGGAAGAAGGGGUUUCUAGGGGUUCUCGUUUAAAAGUGUUAUCAGAUUUUAAUCUGGAUUUCACUGUACAGUAAUUUCAUCUAGCGUACAGUGUCUGUGUACCUUUUAAAGAAAUUAUUUUCUGGAGAAAAUGCAUGCAUUUCUGUAUAUUGAUGCUGAUAUGCUGACUGGAUUAUUCUGUCAGUGUCUGUAAAUGGAUCAGACCAUAACAAUAUGGAAAAAUUGGCUAUAACUUACAGUAUUGGCUGUUGGCUGUGUUGGUUUGGAAGCACUCGUACUAAUUCCUAAACUGUGCAUGUGAAAACAGAUUUAUGUACAGUUGAUAAGUGUGCAAUACUUGGAAUUUUUGGAAUAUAAAGUUUGUACUGUAUACAGUGGCUGAUGUGGAAAAAAAAUACAAAGGAAGUAAAUAGAGAUCCAUAGAAUUGAAUUCAUUUUUCAAGUAUAAAAGGCACAUAUCAUCAUAAUGGGCUUUCUGCACAGCUGAAUAGUGAGCAGUGUGUUAAAACUUGAAUGGACUUUGUACUGAAUACAGAGGCUGAAACAAAUGCAGCUGCUGUCUUUGGAAGUCAUUUACAUUUCAUCACCAUUAAACAAAGCACUCAGCGUAAUAAGGAUGAAAGUGAAUGUGUGUGAAUCCAAAAUAAAAUGUCUGUUGCUUCCUCA